AGGAACCAAUAAGAGUCUCUCUCGGUCGAUUACAAAGUUUCCUUGUCGAACAGUCCCUUUCUGAACUUUCUGCCUGAUGGUAGUGACGCGAUCCAUGUGCGUUUCGCUUAAAAUGAUAGUGCGGGGUAGCUGCAGGCUGGUGCUUUGAUGUAAGUAGAUGAAAAGAUGCAGCUGUAGCUGUCGGAGAAUAGGAAAGGAUGACUUUAUCGAGAUUGGCUUCCUGUAGAGCAGUAGUCCUAAUCUUCUUCCGACUUGCGCUAGUACCCAUAAAAAGUUCCGCAGAUCGGAUAAGAAGUUCUAAGUCUUUCUCUUCUGAAGCGACGGCUGCGACAGCGUUAUUGCCAUCUCUUUUUCCGCUGCAGAAGUUGAACAAUACGACUUUUGAAAAUCAAUAUCAAAAUGGAACAACGAGCUCGUCCGGUCGUGUUGAAUCUGCCUCGACCAGUGGUCAAUCCGAGGAGCCUAGUGAGCAUUGGCAGUCCGCCAACUCCGCAGGCGUUUCCGCGCAGGAUCUGCCGUCCCUGUCGCAGGACGAUGAUCGGGACGAGAGGGAUGAAACAACCAGCAUACCGAAAACGCAUGCUCUCACCUCCAGAAGGGAGGGUGGUAACAAGGAGGUCGUGGAAGAUCCCGCCGUCAGUGGAGCAACCACAGGCGGACCUGCUCCGAAGACUGAAGAACAAGCCACGACCACACUGAGACCACCUGCGUUACUGUCAACAGGCACGAGAACAGACGAACAGCCCCCGUCUGACACGGCUCCACCAACGGGUGCUGAAGUAAAGACGCAUGAGGAAGAUGUCGAAGGAAGUUCUGGUACUCGGGAACCCAAUGAUUCCCCUGCAUCCUCGAGUUCUGCUGCCCCGGCGGUGCACGUGGAAGCAGCCUCCGCAACAGAAAGCGGCGUCUUUCACCCAUCCCAGUGGCUCUCGAACGAAACCGGAGCGAUCUUUUUCCGGCGUUCCCUGCAGCUGGUGUUUUUCGCCUACGCUUUCGUGGGCCUGGCUCUAGCCGCGGACCACUUGUGCAACUCGAUGGAAACGCUGUGCACGCGGAACAAGGUCCCGGAGGAUGUCGCCGGGGCCAGCUUCAUGGCGUUUGGCUCCGCAAUCCCGGAAAUUACCGUGAACGCAAUCUCCACCUAUCGAAGCGCACAGGACCAGACGGAGCAUCAACGAAGUAACGAUGUGACAUAUCUGAGUCUACCGAGAACAACACGCGCACUCACGAAGGAAUCGGCCUUCGGCGAGGACAUUGCGUCCCCGGCCGACCUCGGCGUUGGUGGCAUUCUGGGGUCGGGGUUCAUUGCGUUUCUGCUCAUUCCGACGCUUUGCGUGUGGUUCGCCCCGAAGCGGGAGGCGAACGCACCACGGGCCCUGUUCCUAAAGCGCGGGGUACUGCGGCGCGACGUGUUUUUUUACGCGGCCGCUUUGCUUGUGUUGAACUACGCCCUACAUGAGCGCGAAGCCUCGUGUUUUUCCGCCGUGUCGCUCUUGCUCCUGUACGUGUCCUACCUCGGUAUGCUGGUGCGGGCGCGGCGUCAGUUCCUGCGCGGCGAGGACGACACGGGUACCAGUUCGGAGCCACGGCAGGUGGGUUUUAUCAGUGUGGAGGAGACGGAGCUCAGCCAGCUCGCGAGCAGUAGCAGACCCGGCUUAGAUCCCGGCGGCUCUGCUCAGCAUCAAGAUCAUAUUCAGGUGGUUGACAGCACGUUCACAAGAAGUAGUGCGGAUGUUGGUGCACCUGCUUCUUCAUCGUACUCUGCGUCUGUCCCCGAGGUGCUGAGUUCGUUUCUCUCCAUUGGCUCGGAUUCUUCGACCACCGCGUCCGUGACCGAAGCGCUUAUUUCGCCUAGCACGACGCGGCAGUUACCCGCUCCAGCUUCGACCGACGGAACAGGUUCGGGGUCAACACCCCCUCGGUCGCAAAAGGCGACGGCUCCCAGCGGUACGAGAAAUGCGACGGACUAUAGCCUCAUGGUAGACGAUAAGUAUGCCGCCAUCUACGAUCGCCCGGUUUGUGGCGCACCAGCGGCACAGGCCAGCCCGCUUUCGCCCGAAAGUCAGCACACCGGGUCGACUGGAAGUGCUCGUGAAGCUGCCAUUUUGCGAUUCGACGACGCAGAAGAAGAGGACCUAAUUGAUGACGUCGACAGCGACCUUUUCUACAAUUACGAAGAAAUAAAUGCAGAAGACGUCAACUACAGUGCCCCCACGCGGAGGUUACGGACAUGCGUGCUUGUUCUGUCGAGGAGAUGCGUCAGAGGUUUCAGACGAACGCGCCGGUGUUGUGUGAGGAGGUGGCGCAACUACGUGGCCAGCAGUCGGUGUUGGAAAGGAGUGUGUUGCUUAGGUCCGGGUGCGCCCCCGUCGACCGCCGCCAGCAGGAUUCGGAAGGGCUUGCACCUGUGCCUGCUUCCCGUGGAAUUCGGUCUGCGGGUGACCUGUCCGGACUGCCGCGCCGGAGAGGUGCACGAACGGUAUUACGCCGUGACGUUCUUUGUGUCCUUCUCUUGGAUCAGUUUUUUCUCCUACAUUGUCACCGACGUUUCUUGUGACUGGGUGGACGCGUUGCAGGUCCCCAGCUUGAUGGCGUUUUUCGGCCUCUGUCUGGUGGCAGUCGGCGCGGAGAUUCCGGACACCAUUAAUUCGGUGACGGUGGCGAAGCGCGGACUCGGGUCCAUGGCGGUUUCCGCCUGCGUUGGGUCGCAGAUCGCCAACAUUUGUCUGGGACUCGGCUGCUCCUGGCUGGUGGCCGUGCUCGUCGGCGGCGAGCCCGUGGAGAUCGGGCGACACGACUACCUGGUGCGUUUGGCGGCCAAGUCGCAGCUCCUUAACGUGUUUGUGUUUUACAUCGUCACGGUCGUGCUAGCCUCCAGGCCGGAUGGUACUAUCGUCAUCAAAGGCCCGCACAUGUUCCUCUUUGGCGCGCUCUACGUACUCUGGAUGACCUUGUUCGCGCGGGUAGCUCUUCACGGACGAAUUUUUGAAUAAGGAGAUAACGGCUGAUGCUGUGAAAUAUGAGCGGCGACGCGCCACUCUACUCGUCUCUGUUCCCUGCGCUGUGCGCAGAUCUAACAUCGUGUUGUCGUUCGGCACUCGCCAGCGUCUAGAAGACGUGUUUGGACAGAUAGCGUACACCAUCAUAAAUUUUUCCGACUGACCCCAAAGCGCAGAAACGUUUUUU